AUGACACACGUGAAGGAGAGCUCUGCCAAGGCGAAGAAGGUUUCUCUCGGGGUCGGCGGUGCCUUGGUGGAGCUGCCGCAGGAUGUAGAACGGGGCAACUGGGCCAACCCUAUCGAGUUUAUUCUAUCCUGCAUUGGGUAUGCCAUUGGCAUUGGCAAUGUUUGGCGUUUCCCUUACCUUGUAUAUCGUAAUGGCGGUGGUGCUUUUUUAAUACCUUUCACUCUAAUGUUAAUAACAAUGGGACUGCCAAUAUUUUUCCUGGAGCUUGCGAUCGGACAAUACUCCGGUCUCGGCCCUAAUGAAGCUUUCACACGCAUGGCACCGGCGUUUCAAGGCCUCGGCUGUAGCACCCUCGUCGUCAUUUCGUUCGUGACAAUCUACUACAUGGUCAUCGUAUCGUGGACUCUUUUUUAUACCUUCGUCUCGUUUAUGCCGAAACUGAAAUGGGCGUACUGCGACAACGAUUUCAACACGAACAAUUGUUACAGUGCCCUACAACAGACAGAGUGUCAGAAUGAGAAUUCCAACAUGGUAUUCUAUAACAGAACCUGCAUGUCCAUCGAGACGGUCUGCAAAAGUUUCAAUUGUACCAGUGACGGCAACAACACUUACUGCCUCGAUAACAACGGCCUCGUUAAGGAACUCCGUCAUCUUUACACUCGAAUGCUGUCUUCCGAGGAGUAUUUUAACGACUAUGUCCUCGGCCUUCGCGGAGCCACGUGGGAAAAUUUCGGUGGCAUAAGAUGGGAAUUGUUAGGAUGUCUCACCCUCGCCUGGAUAAUCUGCUACCUGUGCCUGAUUCGUGGUGUCAAGUCCGUCGGGAAAGUCGUCUACUUCACCGCCCUUUUCCCUUAUGUCAUGCUUACGGCGCUGCUGAUACGAGGUGUCACGCUGGAGGGGUCUAAGGAAGGUUCUCUCUGGUUCAUCACACCCGAUUGGUCGACAUUGUGGCAAGCUAACGUAUGGGCGGAUGCUGCUUCUCAAGUUUUCUAUUCACUCGGCAUCGGUUGCGGUUCACUAGUCACACUCUCCAGUUACAGUAAUUUCAGGAACAACUGUCACAGAGAUGCGAUCAUAGUGACUUUGACGAACCUGUUCACUUCCAUUUUCGCCGGUUUCGCGAUAUUCUCUAUCUUGGGAUUUCUGGCCCACGAGAUGCAGGUGCCAAUCGACGAUGUAGUGGAAAGUGGCACUGGGUUGGCUUUCGUCGCGUACCCGGAAGCCGUGGUGCGGAUGCAUUUUCCGAAUCUCUGGGCCGUUCUAUUCUUCGUCAUGCUGUUCAUCCUUGGCAUCAGCAGCCAGUUCGCAGGCGUGCAGGCGAUAAACACCGCCAUAUUGGACCUGCGACCAGAUUUACGAAAACAAGAGAAGUACGUGGUGCUCGGGAUAUGCGUCACUUGCUGGCUUCUCGCUAUACCGAUGGUGUUCGACGGUGGUAUUUACCUGUUCACGCUGAUGGACUGGAAUACCGCUUCUUGGGCGAUACUAUUGAUCGGCAUCGCGGAAGUCGGAUUGCCCGCCUGGUGUUACGGUUGCAAGAAAUUCCUGCGUAACAUUGCCGAGAUGGAAAUGCGGUUCGGCUGUUUACUCCACAGCUAUUGGUGGCUCAGCUGGGUUCUGCUCGCGCCUAUCACCUGUCUGGGGGUGUUCGUGUAUCAAAUAUCUAAGUACCAGUUGGGUUAUUAUGGCACGUACAUAUUCCCUGACUGGGCGAACGCGAUUGGAAUACUGAUCGGCUUGUCGACCAUCGUCCCGAUGCCGUUCUUUUUCAUCCGACAGCUGUGGAAAGGACCGAGGGAUUGGAGUCUGUUUCGACCCAAGAAGACGUGGGGGCCGGCCGUGGUAAAAAGUACAGGUAACAACACUUCGUCCACAACGUCGAUCGAGAUGACGAUGGCGUCUGGGGGUCAACCAAACGUUAGCAAACCUUUUGUAACUUGUUAA